AUGGUACAAACUGCCAUCGACGCCACUACCUCGAACGUGGUCUUCCUACCACUAGAGAUACAGCUGAAGAUACUCACUUUUGCUAUGCAAGACGAAGUGGAAGUCGAUUUUGAGAACUUUCUUGCCAUAGAGACCUUCCACCCAUUCGUGGUAGAGCAUCGCGUUAUUGUAGAGCACCGAAACGAUUGGAAGACUGCGACUUCAGUGAGCCGCGCCUGGAGAGAAGUUGGCAUGCAAGCUUUCUUUGAGGAGAAGGUCUUCCUUCUUCGACCUCACUUGAUGGACGACCUAGUGUAUCAUACACUCGGGAGUGUAUUCAUUGCUGAUCGAGCAGCAUUUCUGAAGCACAUACGGCACGUGAUCGUUCCUAUCAAGAAUCGUCACAAUUUUUGGAAAUACUUAACUUAUUAUUUUACUUUUGCUGGACUCCGUAGCCUUCAUUUCAUUCUCGACGAGGACGCUGGGUAUCUUGAUCAGGUAUCUUCCUUGGUAGGAGAGGCUUUCGACGUCUUGCUGCCAAAGAUGUUUGUGGAUGCUCUUAAGGCGGUGGGAUUUGAUUUUGAUCACCUUAACCUAAAGCUCUUAGUUUCUAAAAAGUUCAUACAAUGCGGCGCGCAGAGUGUGGCGGAAGUGGUAAAUUAUCAAUAUGAGAUACUCCUGGAUAUGAUCCGACACAUUCCCUUUAUCGUUGGCAUUGAUGAUGAUACUUUGAUCACGAUGAUGGCUGCCGACAAAGAAGACUUCGUUCGGCAUUUUCAUACUGCUCCGGACUUCAAGAUAGGUUAA